GCUCCGUACAGCGAAGCAGCUGCUGCUCUAUCAGCAGAGUAACUUUAUUUAAACCUGACCAAAAGUUUCAGCUGCUGAACUUCACCGAUGAGUUAAAAGUCAGAGAGCAGAUUUCAAAGCUGCAGCCUGAGGAAGCAGCGGACAGAAGACGAGAGCUGCAGCGGCUGAAAUCAAAAGUGAAAGUGAAGAAUUCAUCCUGAUAAACUGUGAGUUGAACUGGAGCUGCACCUUGAUGAUGUUUGGAAUCAUCCUGUUUGGAUUCUUCAUGAAGAGCAUCAGUGCUGACGGGGUUGCAGAUGUGGUCCUCUCCUGUGAUCUGGUGGAGGAGGGAGUCGGACUGGGAGGAAUGGGAGGAGGAGCUCUCUUCAGUCGGACUCCAGCGACUCUGGUGCUCAAAGACGUUCCAGUCGGUUCUGAUGAAUCUCUGGAGACUCUGACUCCAUUUGUUCCGCCCUCCGUCCCUGAUCCAGAGCUCCUCCUGUUCGAAGUUAAAGUUUCAUCUCCUGAGAUCCCGAAGGCCGACGUGCUGCUUCAUGCCGACUGCAACCAGCAGGAGGUUCUGUGUGAAAUCAGCCAGUAUUCUCCUCGAGGGCUGCCGGACUCCACAGGGUUCUUCAUGGUGUCGCUCAGCGUGGACGGGGUGGACUUCAGCACCUCGUUGAUCCUGCAGACGUUACCUGUGGAGCAGAACUCGUCCACCCUGGUCCAGAGCAAACUGGGUUUACCUCUGAGCGGGUCGGGAACGCUGCUGACUGAAGUGAUCUUCCUGGUGUUUUCCCACAUCAAGUCGGUGUCGGCUCCUCUGAAGGCCGACGUUCUGCUAAACUGUGGCUUCAGGCAGCAGGAGGUUCCGUUGGAUCAGGAGGUGGGAGUCGAAUGGAGGCUGCAGCACCGAGGAAAAGGACAGAAGGUUCUGGAGAUGAAGACGAAGCUGGACGGCAGCGAGGGGAGCCCAGUAGUGCUGGGACAGAGGAAAGGUUCCAGCCUGGACGCCGCUCUGCUGCUGCAUGAAGGAGACGCCUCCAUGGCGCUGUCCAGGCUGCAGGUGGAGGACGAGGGAACCUACAUCUGCACCAUCAGCGUGGGCAACUUCCAUGCCCAGCAGGUGGUGCAGCUGCUCAUCAGCCAAGCGCCUCAGGUUUCGCUCUCGGAGGGGAAGAAAGAUUCUAAUUCUGCUCAGACAUUGAGCUGCCACUGCAGUAAUUAUUAUCCUCUGGAUGUCCAGAUGGAGUGGUUUGCACUUCCUCCGACAGCCUCAGAACCUGAACCCUUCAUUGACCAGGGUUCUCUGUCUAGCCAUCGACAGCACGGCGACGGAACGUUCUCCCUGUCCUCCCACCUGUCCGUCCCUCCUACGGUUCCCGCGGGAACAAAGAUCACCUGCAGAGUGUCCCACCUGACUCUGGACACUCCGCUGCAGGUGACCACGGAGGUGAAAAGUCCUGAACCAGACUCCUAUUGGUGGGUUCUGGGCUUCCUGGUCAUCACGGCGCUGUUCCUCUAUCAGAUGAUCUGAUCGAUCACCUGAGCUCAUCCUGAAGGCAAUCGUGGCCCACCCAGGUUUCUUUGUGUCAUUUUAACACCGUGGCUUCACUGAAUGAACACAAACUGCUACGUCGCUGUUUUUCAACCAGAAUCAAUUCACAACAGUGUGUGAGACAAUAUCUGACAUCGACCCAAACAUCAUCAGCUCUGAUCAGUCUGCACAUGAUCAGUGACGCCGUGGUGUUUGAGGUGUUCCAUUAGAUUCUUUGACGUUCUGCUGAAGUGCAGAACAAGCAGGGGAAAAUUCUGUGACUUUAUUUUCUGAUUCAGCUCUUUAAUUUAUUAGAUCUUUUCAUGUGGUGUUGGUUUUUGAUUUUAUUUUUUAUGCAGAAUGUUCUACAGGCCAGUUCAUGGUUAAACUAUAUUAAAAUAUUACUGGGUCAUUCCAGAACUAGAGGACAUUUGGGCUUCAAAAUGUUUGAAAAAUAAACCUUCUCAGACAAAAAAUGACAAAGACAAGACAGAAAAUGAAAAAAAAGUACAAAACGACACGAACUAGACACAAAACGACAAAAACUAGACAAAAAUGAGACAUAAAAUGACAAAAAUGAGACAGAAAAUGUCCUUCAGUUCCGGAAUGACCCUACUGUAAACUAAAGUUUGGUCAACCGUUCUGGUUCUUCAGAUCCAGCACUGAUUAAUUGUAAUCAAAGAGACCAACAGCUUAUUUUUGGAGCCGAUAUGAAUCUUGUCAGAAAAUCUUGUCGACAAAAUGUAGAAUAACGUGAACUCCAACACAACUGAAUGGAAAUGCUUCUGUUUACCAGGAAUCGGUUUAAAAAAUCUUAGAGAUCAUUGGUACAUUUUAUUGUUUUACAUCUGGAUACGGAUUAAAGGUUUCUCUUUUGUAAAAUACAA